AUGGGCGGGGAGAGGCGAGUGUGGGGAGACAGAGCGGCGACAGAGGCGCUCGCUAGCGUGCGCGGCGGCAGUGGCGGCGGCGGCAGCUCCGCGCCUGCCUGCUCGGCGAGCUGUAGGGGGAGACAACGGCGGGCGGCGGACAGUGACGAGGAGACGUUGGAAGAGACCGUCGAGGGAGCACUUGAUGAUGAUGGGAUGCCCCAUGGAUUUUGUACGGUCACAUAUUCAUCCACAGACAGAUUUGAGGGAAAUUUUGUGCAUGGAGAGAAAAAUGGUCGUGGCAAGUUUUUCUUUUUUGAUGGAAGUACACUUGAAGGAUAUUACGUUGAUGAUGCUCUGCAAGGCCAGGGAGUGUACACUUACGAAGAUGGAGGAGCUCUUCAUGGCUCUUACAUGGAUGGAGAACUUAAUGGGCCAGCCCAGGAAUAUGAUGCUGAUGGACGACUGAUAUUUAAAGGGCAAUACAAGGAUAAUAUCCGACAUGGUAUUUGUUGGAUAUACUACCCAGAUGGUGGGUAUCUGGUUGGAGAAGUCAAUGAAGAAGGAGAGAUGACUGGAGAGAAGAUAGCCUAUGUGUACCCUGAUGGGAAGACGGCCUAUUAUGGGCACUUCAUAGAUGGUGAAAUGUUGGAAGCAAAGUUGGCAAAUCUUUUAUCCAUAGAAGAGGGAAAGCCGCAAUUUGAAGUAGUGCCAGGCAGCCCAGUGUACAGUUUUGAUAAAUCUACUUCAUCCUGCAUUUCUACAAAUGCUCUUCUUCCUGAUCCUUAUGAAUCAGAGAGGGUAUAUGUGGAUACAUCUCUCAUUUCCAGUGCUGGAGAAGGGUUGUUUAGUAAAAUAGCAGCUGAAGCUGGCAUAACUAUGUCCUUUUACAAUGGAAUACGGAUUACACACCAGGAGGUGGACAACAGGGACUGGGCUUUGAAUGGAAAUACAAUAUCCCUAGAUGAUGAAACAGUCAUUGACGUACCGGAACCCUACAACCAUGCAGCCAAAUAUUGUGCCUCAUUAGGGCACAAGGCAAAUCACUCUUUUACACCUAACUGUCAUUAUGAAUCGUACGUUCAUCCCCGUUUUGGGCUGAUUAAAUGUAUUCGCACUAUUAGGGCUAUUGAAAAGGAUGAAGAAUUAACCGUGGCAUAUGGCUACGAUCACAAUCCCUCUGGACAAAAUGGGCCAGAAGCACCAGAGUGGUAUCGCAUGGAACUGAAGGCCUUCCAGGCUGCCCAGGAAAAGUGAAAUGUAUACAGCUCCCUUCCUCAGCAAACUGGAUCUAUGCACUACUUUCAUACUGAAAAUGGGACAGCCAGAAAUUUUUGUUCCAUGGCUCUUCACUCUUUGUUAGAGAGGGAUUCCUUGCAUACUAACAAAUUUUAACCUUUAGAGCAAUUUUUAAACCUUUAGCUAGUGCUAUAAAAGAACUAUUUAACGUUGUACAAGACAGUGUGACUAUUUGGCAAUCUUCAUCUAAUUCUCUCAUAUGAAAAGAUGCCAAAAUUUAAGAAGUGUAUAAAAAGACUGGGUUUCCCCCCUACAGUCUAGUUGUUACUGUGCAACUAAAUUUUGUAUAGAUGCCAUUUGUGAUGGUACUAGAAUUGUGCUGUUUUAAUAUUCCUGAAGAUUAGUGUAAUUUUAAAACUUUUGAUUGACUAUUACUUUAGAGCAGGUUUUUAUCUUGGUGCACAGGAGUUUGGCCUUUUAAGUCCUCUCUCUAAACAUUAUUGCUUUCUAAAACUUGUCUCUUCUGAGUCUGCACAAAGGCUUAACCAGAAGUGCUCUAUUACAGGUAUGUGUGGCUGGAUGGACAAAACUAUUUUUGACAUGUUCCUAAAAACAGCAGGGCUGGUGUAAAUCACACUUUGAUAAUUUUUAGUUAUUGAUGUUGUUUUAAAAAGUUGAAACAGGAGACAGGGUAAUUUAUAAAGAGAUGCUGCUGGCUAGAAUCAGUGCAGGAGAAAGUGACUUAAAAAUGAACCAUGAAGUCUCUUAUUUGCUUAGAACACCUGCCUCUGAAUGAUCAUGUUGUUUCCAGGAAUACUGAGAAUGAAAUACAUACCUCGGGAGAGGGGGAGGCUUAUUUGGUGUGCAAGGACAAAGUCAUGACAGGAGAGCAUUGCACUUUGGAGCUGCUUUUAUUGCAUAGGACAUGGUAUAAUAAAGAAAAUUAAGAGUUAUGUUGAAAGGUUAGAGGCAAACCCCUGAAUUGGUACAGUAAAGCAGAGCAUUCUGUGUAUAUUUAAUUAUAUUUUACAAUUCUUAACUAGCAUUUAUCAGUGAUUUACUUAAAACAGUAUCAUUAUAGAUUAAUAACUUUUCAGUGGCCUGUAAUCCUGUAAUUUAGCUUUUAAACAGCUUUCUAAAUAUUUGCAAUGCAAUAUUAAAUCAUUUGCUGUGUAAUUCAUGUACCAGGAGUAUUGCAUGUAUGCCACUAGAAGAAACUUUUUUAUUCUUAGUUUUUCCUGUAGAAAUAGAUUUUAGAUCUUUUUAAAAAACCAUAUACUUGUUAUUGGGAUUAAAACCACCCAAGCAGGCGUAAAGUUCAGAUACAAAAAAGGUCAUUUUUUUAAUGUUCUAGGGUAGAUUUUAAAGAACAAUAUGCAAAAGGUUGUAUAUGGUAUCAGACAACCAUCAGUGUAAUUCUGUUAUCUUGCUAUUAAUGGAAUAUACUGAUAAAGCCUUAUUUAUUUUCAGCUUUUUUUAAAAAAGCAUAUUAAUCACAGAAACUUUUCUGAUUGCUGUUAUUUAGUCGUGCACAGAAGAGUAACUUUUGAUUGUCAUGUCUGCCUGAGAUUUCCUGGCAAAAAAGCUAUGGAUGAGGGUUUGGUCAGUAUUCUGAUUUUUCACAUUGGUGACUCUAGCCACAACCCUACUGCUUCUUCAAGUACGGGAGAAGGUGUACACAGUUGAGAUUUUAUUGAUUCAGCUGCGUUUACUGAGUCUGAUCUGAAUUCUUGCUAAUGGAAGUGAGCUACAAAAGGCUGAAAUGCUAGUUCUGCUUCUGCAAGUUGGUAGACACAAAAAGUUACCUAUAACUUCUUUCUUGUAUAUAAGAAUUUAAGCACACCACCAGUGAAGUUGCUUUAAGUUUACAAAUAUGUCUGUAGAAACAUACUACUGACUUUGAUAUUGAUUGGUGAAAUUGAGUUUGCCCGCAUGCAUCCCUUUAAGAGAGUACUUCUGGGGUUUAAGGUCAGAGUCCUAAACAAAUUUAUGAUGGGACUUGCUUCUGAUGAAUGUGCUUAGAAUCACUCUACCUAACUAAUAUUAUAGCAGAUGCUGUCUGUAGGUUGCUGAUGUGGAAAUAAUAGAAUCACUCCUCAUAAUGCUUUGUGUUCUCUCAAGGGCUGUUUCCAUAUGGCAACUUUCUUACUAGAUCACUAUUAUGUUAUAAUAAUUGUUGCAACACUCAGCUAGUUCCUCCGAACUCCCAGCUUUACAAAUAAAUAGAAUUAAAUCUCUAGCCCUAAUUCAGAGGAACUCCUACAUUGUUGGAAUAGAUUAGUAUAACAUUAUAACAAUCUAGCAAUGACCUAUUUUGUUAAAAAAAAAAAGCUGCAAGCAGCCCUUCAGUGGCAUGGUGGGGGGGACAUGGUGACAACAAGGGACAGUAGGGAAGGAAGCAGAUGCCCAAUGUGUGUGUGGGACGUUGGUAAUACACACUUUCCCUGGCAGACCAUCUGAUAAUGUGCUUGGACCUGUUCUCAAAAAGAUCAGAGAAAGGCCUGAGAGAAGGCAUACUGGGGGUGGGGGAAGGAUGAUUAGAGCCUGAUUAGACUUUGGGUGAAUGUUCCAAAAGAAAGUGCUUCAGUGUGGAAGCUGAAGCAGAAGAAAAACAUGUGGAACCAGCCUAGCCAAAAAAGGAUGUUUUUUUCCUCACUAGGUGGCAGUAGGCAAGUCAAUCUUUCUCAGAUUAACUCGCCCCAGAGUUGUGAGGAUAAAAUGGGAAGGGAAACAGUGUGCUCUUAAAGCUGAAUAGUGUCCCAGAUUAAGCAUUUCUCUUUUCUAUUUUGUAAUUUAUUGUAUUACCUAAAUCUUUCUCCUCUCUUUGGUAGCUUUCUUGAACUGGUAGUGGGCAGUGUUAAAAAGAAAGUUUGGACUAGAAUAUGCCAUGUCUUUGUUA